UUUAAUCCCGUGCACGCAAAUUAAUCGUGGGAAGGAUGCGGCGGGACAGGCGGCGCCACCGCCGGGCCGCCAGGGGGCGCUGCGGCGGAGCCCGUCUGCCCACUCUGACGUCAGAUCGCGUCGCCGGAAGUUGAGCGCGCCGCAGCCAUGGAGGCCGGGCCGUGGGGCGUGUGCGCGGAGACGGCCAUCCUGCAGGGCGGGUUCCUGCUGGCUGCACGGCUGACCCAGCCGCGGUCGCUGCGGGAGCUGCGCAAAGCCGACUGGCCACGCGUGGGAUCCCCGAUCACCGACGCCCUCGGGGAGAUCGGGGCCCUCUGCUCCUCACCGCUGCAGCACAGCCUGUGGAAGAAGGAGGCUGUGGCCAUCGUCUGGGCUAAAGUCCUGUUGCCGGCGCCCUCGGCUGCUUCUCUGGACCAGGGCUGGAAGGAGGAUGGCUUCUUCUUCAUGGGCAGGAUGAUCCCUGACGUUAACCACACCGUCCUCUUUGAGCUGGUCAAAGCUCUCAGCGAGGCCCGGCUCUUUGUGCGCCUGCUGCUGGCGCUGCCCCAGGAUGUGUGCCGGAGCCAGCUGGAGCACUUGGUGGAGUACAUCGCCAGUGAGACAUCCCCAUCAGACAUCACGCUUUUCUUGGAUGUGUGGUGGGAGGUGAUGAAGCACAAGGAGGGAGAGGAAGACGCAACAGUCUCUGCGUUCAGCACUCUUGUACAUCAGCAUGAGUGUGAGCCCUCCCUGCAUGUUGGCCUCCAGCCCCCAAAGAGAUUCAAGGGUGACCCUGAUCCUGCUGCCACCAGCCUUCUCAUGGUCCUCAUAGAGGGGUUAAAGCGGAUCUACGGGUGCAUCACCCUGCCCCGCAUGAAGUGCUAUGCUUUGGCCAACCUGGCAGAGCUGCUGUCUGUGUUCACUGAGCUGGAGCCAGAGAGCAGCCCCCUCCCAGUGGCAGAGUACCUGGAGAAGAUCAGCACUAUGGUCAGCCUCUGGACUGGUGACACUGAAAGCACGUACCACCACAGAGGACUGGAUGAGAAGGUGAGGGAAGCAGAGAGGAGCAUGAGCCUCUUGUCCAUGGCCAAGCUCUCCCGUGAGGAGCUCUUUGUUGGCUUGGACCUUCUCUCUAGCUUGUUGCAUGCCUGGGGGGAGGAGCUGCAGGGAACACUGAGCAGCUCUGAGGAGAAGCUCUAUGAGAGUUACCGGCUCCUGGAUACACUUACCACCCUUGGGAAGAACCUGGCUUGCUUCUCAGAAGCUAAAGACCUGAGUGAGGAUGAGAUAUGUGUAGUGUUAGAGCUGACACAGAUCUCUAAGGACUUGCUCAAGGAGAUCAGUGCCAGCAUGAAGAGGAAGGAUUUGGACACCAGGCUUGUGUCUUCAGUUGCCAUGACAAUCAUUGAGCAAAAGCUGGACCGGCAUGUAGAGAUGUGCUCCAUUUUUGCAUCUGAGAAGACCUGGGUCUUUUCAAGGGACUGGCUUGACUGCCUUGUGAAAAACAAAGCUCUCUUCCAGAAACCAGAGCUAGUUUUGAAAUUGCUGGAGACGCUGGUGAGCUUUGCCAUGCUUCGCCAAGACAAGGAGGCCCAAGAGCUGCAGAGGCAAGUGACCAAAGCCAUUGUGGAGUGUUACAAUGAGCUGUCAUUAACUGACAAAAACCAAGUGAUCUCGGGCAUCCUGGUGUCCUGGGGUGGAUGGGGUCUGUCCCUGAACUUGCAGGUUGUCAUGGAGGGGUUCCAGGAGGAUCUGAAUGUGACUUUCAACCAAAUCACAAAGAGCGUGUCUGAUGAAGGCCUGACCAGGGCUGUGGCUUCCGUGGCCAGGCUCACUCUGAUGUACCCUGAGGCCACGGUGAAGCAGGUUUGUAACCUUGCUGUAGUCAAUCUGGGAGCACACCAGUUCCUUGCGCAAAUCCUCUGCUCCUUCCCAGUACUGAGCUUCCUGGAGAGCCACGAUGAUCCCAGCAGGCCACGCAGCCUGGUGCUGAGAUGUCUGGAGGAGGCAGUAUGGGGGAGGCUUUCCACUGUGAGGCAAGAGGAACAGUUCCUUGAGUUCCUGGCCUUUCUUAUGCAGCCAAGCUCAGCCACCCCCCUUGUGUCACCGGCAGAGGUGACCAAAACCUUUGUCCUUCCCUAUUUGAAGUCGGACUCUGUUCACAUUGAGCUGAGCCUGCAGAUCCUCAGUAAGGUUUUGGGGAUACAGUCCAGUUCAGAAGAACACUGGAUCAAGUCCUGUCACCCAUUCCCACUUCUCCUCAGCCUCUGCAAGCUUCUAGAUGGUUACACAAAGUACUGGCAUCAGCCUAGGGACCAGCUCUUUCCUUCUCUGGAGACCAAAGACCUGAUACUGAACAUCCUCUGCCAGCUCUGUGAGGUGAUAAGACCAGAAACUGCCCCUUCCUCUGAGCUGUGGGUCCAGUCACUCGCUUGGCUUCACAGGAGGGUGGCGUUGCUGGACUGGACCAUUGGUCUGCGGCUGAAGAAGCUUUAUGGAGACCACUUCAAGAACGAGGUCCCAGCAACACUGUUUGAGAUCUGCACACUUCCCGAGGAUGAGUGGACAUCCCAGCCUUUGCGAGCCUAUGGACUGGGGAGUGGGCUCCUGGCAUGGAUGGAAUGCUGCUGCGUCUCCACGGCGCUCAGGGAGACGAUGCUGACGCUCCUCACAGUCAAUGUGGACAACCCCGAAGAAGUGAAUCUCUUCAGCAAAGGGUUCCUGGUGGUCCUCAUACAGGUCCUCCCGUGGUGCAGCCACAGUGAAUGGAAGAGGCUUGCAUAUGUGGUUGAAAACCUGCUGCAGAGGCAAAUCCUGCAUGUGCCAUAUACGCUCGAGUACGUGCAGUACAUGCCCCUGCUCAACCUCCGGCCAUUUGCCUGCUACCUCCAGUUCUCCAUGCUCUUCCUGCGGGGUUUCCAGCUUCUCUGCAGCUCCAGCUGCUCCACCUGGCUGCCAGCAGAGGCUUGGUUCCAUGUGGUCCAGCUCUACUGCAGCAGCUUGACAGACCUGCUGGGCUCUGUCAAGAGCAUCGCGGGGUCCCCCUCGCACCCUGAGGACAGGACCUUCACGCGGGAGGUGUCCUUCAUCUGCAUCCAGAUGUUCUGCCACCUGCUGCACGUCGCUGCCAUGCUGCCAGAGCAGGGGUGCAGCGAGCCGCUGGUGGUGGUGGCGUUGGAGAUCCUCUCGCAGUAUGAGGUGUUCAGCAGUGCUGAUACGUCCCCCGGCAACAUGCUGCACAGGGCCAACGAGAGGCACUUCCUGGAGUCCAUCACGUACAGUGUCAGUGACGAGGAGCUUCGUGGCACCCUGCUGCAGAAGCUUAGCAAGCUGGGAGCACACUCAGGUCGGGAGCCAGCUUGAGGGGCUGGAGGGAGUGACUCUUAGGUGGGAAGCUGUAAGAUCUGUAACAAACCCUUUCUACUUUUCUGUUUGGA